CUUUUUUUGUUGCAGUCCUAGAAAAAUAUUUUUUUUGUUUUUUUCACUUGUACUAGACAAAAAAAAAUAUUACAAGCAGUCUUGAGCUUUUUUUAGCUGGAUAGUUAUUAUUGGUAUAUCUUCAUAACGCAAACUCAAUUGACCCGUGAGCGUGUCCCCCCCUCCCCCCUAUUGUUUUUUCCAUCUUCCUCCCUCACCAGAAGCCCACCUCCAAACAAUGUACGAAACCAUUGACGAGAACGAGUUCGAAUUCGUACCACCAGCGCUGCAAAGCGGGCCAUCGACGCCAAGAAGAAUGUCUCUAGUGAGUGUACCCGAGUCCCCCGGCAAACGGGACUCCAUUCCAGCUCGUCUCCGCCGCUCGCCGAACCAAGCAGGCUCCGACUACGGAGAUAUUUCGAAUAUGCAGCCACGCGAUGUCAGACAGGGCGCACAUGGGAGCCCAGUGAUCAAGUCAUUCCCUCUUUUCCGCGCCUCGAUUGACGAAUCCCGUUGCUUCUCGGGUGAUCCCGAUGGCGAUACCCAUUUACCUGUUGACCCGCGGGUGGAGCGCCGCAAGAAAAACGAGUAUAAAAGACAUGGUAGUCUGACUAUGGCAUGGCAUCAGAGACUCAGCAGUAGCAGUACGCGUGAUGUGCGGCAGACCAGAUCGAGCCUUGCCUCUGAGACCGAUAGCAACCAGAUGGAGGAUGCCUCGGCGUCGCCGAUUUCUACGCCCAUUACCACCUGGAACAGACAGCAACAGCAGCAGGAUGCUAGCCAUCACCAAUCUGCUGAAUCCGCGAGUUUGGUGGCUGGCUCACGAGGCCGGUAUUAUCAACCAUCCAUCAAUAAGAGUACCUACAGCGGCGACUACACGGAAAGCGGCCAUCUGGAUUACUACACUAGCAGUAACGACAGCAGCAGUUUAUUUGCCCCUGUCAACACUUCGCGCGCCAGCACUGAUGUCGGAGCGAUGGCUCGCGUACAACGCGAGAGCUGGCGCAGUAGCGAGCACGAAACCAAUAGCCGCUUUCGCAGCGCCACAAUCACUAGGACGGGCAACAAUGGGUCGGAAGUCUCCAGCCCAAGAGCGCUCCUGAUACAAAACCACCGUGGAAGCAGUAUUAAUGGCAGUGGUGAUUUCACUAACCGAUUGGCUACGUUGGUUGCUGGAAUCCCUGUUUGGUCAAACGAUUAUUACGGCACGGCGGGCGCCUUUGAGCGCGCGCUGCCCGGUACUAUCCACUCGGAUAAGGCGAUGCAGCUGGGCACUGCGCCACAGCACGCUGAUUCGCCACAGGGAUACGCUGGGCUGCUGAGCGGCGAAAUGCACACCAGACAGAGUUUUUCCAGCGACGGGCUGUCGGAUACCUCGGGCAGCAUAACUUGCAGCAACGACAUGUGUGUAGACGGCGAUACUGGAUUCGACCUGGUGCUUGUGCCAAACAGCAGCUUGCCAGCGGCUUGCUCCAAUGCGCACAACAGUCCCGGUUUGCUUUCUGGCAGCAGUGCUGUGGUUGUGCCAUUGACAGCGGACAAAGGCACUGGUAGUGCAUCCUCUGCAAUGCACAAUGGUCCCGACCGUAAGUGGCUUGAUACAAGUUUGGCUCAUAAAUCCGGUUGUUCUGGGAGUGUUGAUUUGUGCAACACCGAUAGUAGCAGUGGAGGCUUCAUUGAAACCACACCAGCUCUUUUGGGCAGCCAUGCAUCUUGUGCGGAGGCCUUGUUGAGGGGCGGCAGCGGUUCUGCGCGCGCUGGUGACGUUAUUGGGCGGGCACCCAGUGGGAUUAAUUUUGCCCCACCUGGUCUGCGUGGAGACAUGGAUCAUGCCGACUCUGGGUCCAGCGACUCGGUACGCAAGCCUGUGACUGCGGACCACAGUCUUCAGGAAAGCGCGUGUGCAGCAUUGGAAGAGGGCACUGGCGUCCCUGGUGGCAGUGUAGUGUCAAUCUUAUUUCCAAUGUGUGCAGUGGUGUGACACAAGAUCAAUGCAAUGCAGCGAGCUCUGUCAGUUUCUCUUGCAGCAGCUGUAGCAGCAGCAGCAGUUUAAAGCCUGUAUUUUCGUCUUUUAUUGACCCCGUCAGAAGUAAGAAUAAUGUCGGCAGUUCUUCAUUAGUUUCUUUGCCUCACCACCAAUGCGGCCAAUGUUUCCUUUCCGCAUGCGAUGCAUCAGAAGCCCAUCGCCUUUCUUCUUCUUC